ACUCACCACCACUCUUCACUCCACUCCCUUCUCAUGGCAGCUGCUGCUGGACUUGCCUGCCUCCUCUCCUUCCUCCUCGCCCUCUCUCCCUGCUCCUCCUCCCCGCCGCCUCGCAGCACCUACAUCGUCCACGUCGCCGGAUCCCACAAGCCCCACGCCUUUGCCACCCACUUCGAAUGGUACGCCUCCGCCAUCAACUCCGUCACUGCCUCCGCGCUGGAUGAACCCGACGGUAAUAGGAUCGUCUACAGCUACGACACCGCCUUCCACGGCUUCGCCGCCACGCUGGGCGAGUCCGAAGCCGAGCUGCUGGGUCGCGUCCCCGGCGUGCUCGCCGUCCUCCCCGAGACGGUCUACGAUCUCCACACCACACGGAGUCCGGAGUUCCUCGGAAUUGGCCCGGAAGUCAUCAGUAACGGAGUUUGGUCGUCGGGCCUCGCCGACCACGACGUCGUCGUCGGGGUGCUCGACACCGGGAUUUGGCCCGAGAACCCCAGCUUCGCCGACGCGGCGCUGCCGCCCGUGCCGGCGAGGUGGAAGGGCGCGUGCGAGGUGGGCGGCAACUUCACGCGGAGCCACUGCAACAAGAAGAUCGUCGGCGCGCGGGUGUUCUACCAGGGAUACGAGGCCUCCGCCGGCUCCAUCGAUGAGAAGGCCGAGUUCAAGUCGCCGCGGGACCAAGACGGGCACGGGACCCACACCGCCGCCACCGUCGCUGGAUCCUCCGUGCCGGGAGCCAGCCUGUUCGGCUACGCCCAGGGCACCGCGCGAGGCAUGGCGCCGCGCGCGCGCGUGGCGGUCUACAAGGUCUGCUGGAGCGGCGGCUGCUUCAGCUCCGACAUCUUGGCCGCCGUCGACCGAGCGGUGGCCGACGGGGUGGACGUGCUCUCCAUCUCGCUCGGCGGCGGUGUGUCCGGGUACCAACGCGACAGCCUCUCUAUCGCCGCCUUCGGCGCGAUGGAGAAGGGCGUGUUCGUCGCCUGCUCCGCCGGCAAUGCCGGCCCGGAACCCAUCAGCCUCACCAACGUCUCGCCCUGGAUCGCCACCGUCGGGGCCAGCACCAUGGAUCGGGACUUCCCGGCGAGCGUCAAGCUUGGUAGUGGAGUCGAAUUCUCCGGCGUAUCCCUCUACGGCCGCCGGCAAAAUCUUUCGCCGUCACUAACGUAUCCGCUCGUUUUCUUGGGCGGCGGCAACUCGAGCAGUCUCGACUCGAGAUCGCUCUGCAUCGAGGGCUCAUUAGAUCCCCUCGUCGUCGCCGGCAAGAUCGUACUCUGCCACAGAGGCGUCAGUCCCCGAGUGCAGAAGGGACAGGUGGUUAAGGACGCCGGCGGCGUCGGCAUGAUCCUGGCCAACACCGUCGUCAAUGGCGAGGAGCUCAUCGCCGACAGCCAUCUCCUGCCCGCCGUCGCCGUGGGACAGAAAACAGGGGAAGCGAUCAAGAACUACAUCAGGACUGCCGCUCGUCCCACUGCCUCCCUCUCCUUCCAGGGGACCAAGGUAGGGAUCCGGCCGUCUCCGGUGGUGGCGGCCUUCUCGUCCCGCGGACCCAACAUCCUCACCCUCGAGGUGCUGAAGCCGGACAUGGUGGCUCCCGGCGUGAACAUCCUCGCCGCCUGGAGCGGCGUCGCCAGCCCCACAAGCCUGGCCGUCGACCGCCGCCGCGUCGGGUUUAACAUCCUGUCGGGGACCUCGAUGUCUUGCCCGCACGUGGGCGGUGUCGCGGCGUUGCUCAAGGCCAAGCACCCCGAGUGGAGCCCCGCCGCCAUCAAGUCCGCCCUCAUGACCACCGCCUACCUCCACGACAACACCUACGCCCCUCUGAAGGACUCCUCCACCGGCGAACCGUCCAACUCCUACGACCACGGCGCCGGCCACAUACAGCCGGCCAAAGCCGUGGACCCUGGCCUCGUCUACGACAUCACCGCCGACGACUACUUCGAGUUCCUCUGCACUCAGAAUCUGACCCCCCUUCAGCUCAGGGUCUUCAACAAGCACCGGCCCGACAGAAGAUGUAGACACGCUCUCUCCUCCGCCGGAGAUCUGAACUACCCAGCGAUCUCCGGGGUGUUCCGGCGACGGCCGGCCGGCACCCUCACGCUCCGCAGAGUGGUGACCAACGUCGGCCCUGCGACUUCAACUUACAACGCGAGGGUGACCGCCUUCAAAGGAGCCGACGUGAAGGUCGAGCCGGAGACGCUGCGUUUCCAGCGCCGCGACCAGAAGCUUUCAUUCAAGAUCAGCUUCCGAACCACUUCUCCUCAGCCGUCGCCGGAGUUUGGAGCCUUGACGUGGAGCGACGGCGUCCAUAAGGUUCGAAGUCCCAUUGCGCUGAUUUGGCUGCAGUGAAGUGAGUGUGAUCUUGAUAGCUGAUUUCUAUCCACUGCAAAAGAAGGCAUGAUCGAGCAAAGGAAUCCAUUUCCAGCGGCAGAGGGAACAGGAGAAUGAUUGGAAUCUGUAUCAAUCAGAACCUUUUUUAGCAUAAUAAACGCAUUAGCAUUUGCUUUUAACA